AUUUGACUCACAGUCGCCGGCAUGGAACGUUGGCAUAACUGCGUAGCAGUGGUGACCGGAGCCAGUUCGGGAAUCGGAGCGGCAAUCACCCGAAAACUGAUCUCCGCUGGCGUCAUGGUGGUUGCCCUGGCCCGUCGAAUGGACCGCUUGGAGCAAUUGCGUGAGGAGCUGCCGCAGGAUCGGCGAUCGCGAUUGCGUAUAAUGCAGUGCGAUGUUUCGGAUGUGUCAUCCGUAAACGCGGUCUUUGACGCGGUGCAGGGGGAUCUGGGCAACGUGGACAUUCUUAUCAAUAACGCCGGAAAGCUGUCCGGUGGACAGCUGCUGACUAUGUCGGUAGACACUGUGCAGCAGAUGCUGCAGACGAAUGUAAUGGGCGUGGUCUACUGCACCCAGCGCGCCUUUGAAUCGAUGCGGCAGCGCCAGUCCAAGGGUCAUGUGGUGCUCAUUAACAGCAUUGUGGGUCACUACAUCUUUAAUCCCCUGCCUGGAAGUCAGCAGGAACUCAACAUGUACCCGGCCACCAAGCACGCGAUCACCGCUCUUACCGAGCUCUUUCGCCAGGAGAUGCGAGAUUUCAAGACCAAAGUCAAGGUCACGAGCAUUAGUCCGGGAUUGGUGGACACUGAGUUAGUGCCGUUGGACUACAAAGGGCUGCCUAUGCUACAGGCGGAGGAUGUGGCAAAUGCCAUCAUGUAUGUUCUGUCGACGCCUCCACAUGUCCAGGUGCACGAGCUGACCAUCAAGCCCUUGGGUGAACCCUUUUAGGACACCCCUGCAUUGCUUCACUUUUACUACUAAAUAUUUAACUAUGAUGGCCAUGUCUUUGCCCUUAGUUUCUUAACUGAAUUAUUCGCGGAUUGCAAUAAACAGGAAUAAAAUAAACGGAUCCAAUGUCUGAAAUGUCUUUGAAAUAUAUUGUGACAAUUUUCAUUAUACCAUACUUGCAAUAUUAAAAAAUUUGGCGAUAAAGAGGAAAAUCUCAUAAAUAUUGUAUAUUAUAUGAAGAACAAGAAACCAGGCAGCUUAAAAUAAUAUAAUUGCUUUUACAAACUUCGAUCUCUGUUCUGACGAUAACAAACAUUUCGUAUAUUAAGAGAAUGAAUGUGAAACAGUUUUGAUGCCGCACAAAGUGCAUCCACAGAACUUGGAGAUAGCUUGACGAAUUUAUUUCAAAUAAAUCAUGUAUCCCCCGUCUAGGUUAAUAAUGUGAAUUGAAAAUAUUAUUUCCAUACUCGUCCCUCUGUGUUAUCUAUACGCCUGUUAUAUACAUACAAACAUUUUUCAUUAAAUUGUUCAUUGCUUAGCUGUUUUAAAGUAUUUAAUUAUUCGAUAAAAAAUGUAUGACUUGUAUUUUGGAAAAAUCACAGAGUAUUUACAACUGCAUAACUCGUUCUUAACUACUUUUUGUAAUAUAUCUGUAACAUUUCUUAAAAUAAAUAGUGGUAUUGG